GAAAGAAUGGCCACCAGACAUGCUCGUUCUGAAGAUGACCUUUCCUGUCCAAUUUGUGGACAUAUUCUGUGUAAGCCAGUGGUCCUCACCUGCAGACACAGAUUUUGUAAGGUCUGUCUGCAAGACAGCUGGGACACACAAGACCGUAAGGACUCCCACUGCUGCCCUCUGUGCUGGCGUCGCUCUUCAAUGGAUCAAGUUGUGGUAAACACUGUGGUAGAGAGGGCCUGUGUGUCCUUCAAAGACGACAGAAGCAGGAAUGACCCAAAGACUUGCAAAGAGCACGGGGAAAACCUCACACUCUUCUGCUUGGAGGAUCUGGAACCAAUCUGUGGUCUUUGUGGCAAAGCAGCUGCACACAAGGGGCACAGACUCUAUGCCAUUGCAGAAGGCGCCCAUGACUGUAAGGAGGAGCUGAAGAGCGCUCUUCUGCCCUUGAAAGAGAAGCUACAGCUCUACAAGAAUGCAACAGUAGCAUGUGAGGAAAUGGCUGAACACGUGAAGAACCAAGCUAAACACACUGAAGCUCAGAUCAAAGAGGAAUUCGAGGCUCUUCACAAGUUUCUUAAAGAACAGGAGGCCGCUAGACUUUUGGACUUAAAGGCUGAGGAGGAUCAGAAGAAUCUCAUGAUCAGUGAAAAGAUUGAGGAGAUGAGCAAUGAAGUAGCAUCGCUUUCUAACAUUAUCAAAACAGCGGAACAGGAAAUGAAUAGUCAAGAUAUCCCAUUUUUGAAGAAUUACAAGGAGACAAUCAAAAGAACCUGGAAAAAGUUUCCUGAUCCACACAUGUUGUCUGGAGCCCUAAUUGAUGUGGCCAAGCACUUGGGCUCUCUAAAAUAUAAAGUGUGGGAGAAAAUGAAAAAAAUGGUCAAAUAUACUCCAGUGAUUCUGGAUCCCAAUACUGCAGCAAGCUGCUUCAUCCUCUCUGAGGAUCUCACUGUUGUGCAGAACUCUACCCAGAUCUUCAAGCUUCCAGACAACCCAGAGCGCUUCGAUAUCAGCGCAGAGAUGCUCGCUGCUGAGGGCUACUUCACUGGACGCCACAGCUGGGACGUGGAAGUGAACGACAACACCUACUGGGUUUUAGGAAUAGCCAGCGAGUCGAUCAAUAGGAAGGGCAAACAUGUGCUGACACCUGCAGAGGGAUUCUGGACUAUAAGAUAUCGGAACGGAGAGCACAAAGCCUGCACCGCUCCCUGGGAGCCACUCAACAUGUCUAAGAAGCCAGAUGUGAUAAGAAUGGUUUUGGACAUGGACAGAGGAAAGGUGACAUUUUAUGACCCGAAGGAGAGAACACCCCUCUAUACUUUCACAAAUAUUAUCACACCAAAAGCUUUUCCUUAUUUUUGUACCGCUUGUAAAGAGCAUCCACUGAAAAUUCUACCGGAAAGGAUAACUUUGUCAACGGAGCAGUAA